GGGCGGGGCGGGAGGCGGAGGCGCCGCGUAGGCCGGGGAGGCCGGGCCGGCCCGGCUGGGAACUCGAGCCCCAUGAGCCGCCGCCUCCCCCCACGAUGUUCCCCUCCCGGAGGAAAACGGCACAGCUGCCCUGGGAGGACGGCAGGUCCAGGUUGAUCCCCAGCGGCCUCCCCCGGAAAUGCUCAGUCUUCCACCUCUUUGUUGCCUGUCUCUUAGUGGGCUUCCUCUCCCUGCUCUGGCUGCAGCUCAGCUGCUCUGGGGACAUGGCCCGGGCAGCCAGGGGACAAGGACAGGAGACCCCGGGCCCAUCCCGGGCCUGCCCACCAGAGCCACCCCCUGAGCACUGGGAAGAAGAUGAAUCAUGGGGCCCCCACCGCCUGGCAGUGCUGGUGCCCUUUCGAGAACGCUUCGAGGAGCUCCUGGUCUUUGUGCCCCACAUGCACCGCUUCCUGAGCAGGAAGAAGAUCCAGCACCACAUCUAUGUGCUCAACCAGGUGGAUCAUUUCAGCCUCGGUGCCCUGCACAGGUUCAACCGGGCAGCACUCAUCAACGCGGGCUUUCUGGAGAGCAGCAACAGCACAGACUACAUCGCCAUGCACGACGUGGACCUGCUCCCUCUCAAUGAGGAGUUGGACUAUGGCUUCCCAGAGACCGGGCCCUUCCACGUGGCCUCCCCGGAGCUCCACCCGCUCUACCACUACAAGACCUACGUCGGUGGCAUCCUGCUGCUUUCCAAGCAGCACUACCAGCUGUGCAAUGGGAUGUCCAACCGCUUCUGGGGCUGGGGCCGUGAAGACGACGAGUUCUACCGGCGCAUCAAAGGAGCCAGGCUCCAGCUUUUCCGCCCCUCGGGAAUCACAACUGGGUACAAGACAUUUCGCCACCUGCAUGACCCAGCCUGGAGGAAGAGGGACCAGAAGCGCAUCGCAGCUCAAAAACAGGAGCAGUUCAGGGUGGACCGGGAGGGAGGCCUGAGCACCGUGAAGUACCGCGUGGACUCCCGUACAGCCCUGUCUGUGGGCGGGGCCCCCUGCACUGUUCUCAACAUCAUGUUGGACUGUGACAAGGCUGCCACCCCCUGGUGCACAUUCAGCUGAGUUGGCUGGACAGCAAGGAAGCCUGUGCCUACAGGCCAUACUGCUACUCAAGCCCAGGACAAAGCCUCAGGCCCUGGGCCCAGCUCCAAUAGGACGUGGAGUGGCCUGAAGCAGUGGACAGCAAGCCACGUGUUUGCAGCAGCCUGGCCCCCAGAGGCAGGCUUGAGCCAGGAGAGGACACACGCAGGGUGCCUGGGACGCUGCCAGCAAUAAACAGUGAUGGAGAGAGGCUGGGACAUGGCUUCCAACUGAGACUCUCCACUCUGCCUUCCUGCUUGCCCUGCCCUACCCUCCUUUGUGUGCUGAGAUCUGCAAGAUCUCGUUCCUUCUCCUGGACUGCCAGGCCACUGAUGUGGGUGGCCAGGGCCAUCAGGAGGGUUAAAACUGCAGAGACCAGUGUGCAAGCCCCACAGAAAGGGAGCAGCUGAGACCAGCUCUAGCUGGUUGUCACCCUGAAGGAGUGUGGGCCUGGUGUUGCCAGAUCUUCUGAUUUCUCAAAAGAAAGUAGAAUUCUGGAUUCUUGAGUGAAAUUGGUUAAUUUUUAAAUGAUAGCAACUAAUUCAAACUUUUAACAAGUAUGGCAAGCCAAACCAAAUG